UCCAUUGCCAACCAGACGGCCCCGAGUUCCCAACCUCUGACCCUUGAUGGGCUUCUCUCUACUUACUCAACGGCGCCGGACCCCACCAAAGCGGCACUGGACUUUACUGUUGCAGAACGGAAUACGCUCUCUACACAGAACCUCCAAUUGUGGAAAUUGAUCGAGAAGCAGCGCUCAGGAUAUGGACAGCUCAUGAAAGAGCUGGAACGCGUGCGUGGUGAGCGAGAUCUCUAUCGCAAUAAGUUGCAGGGGAUGGGCGAGAACACGGACGCACUGCUCCGCUCGCAUCGAGAG